AUGUAUCGAUGUGUUUCUAUGGAAAGUAAUGUGAUGGCCGAGUACCGAUUGCUUCCUCUUAAGAAUCCACGACAAUUGACUCAUGAAAUGCAAGUUGCUCUAGAUGAUGUUGAGAAGCCAACAAAGCGAGGAAAGAAAGCAAACUCCAAGAAGGUGGAAACCGAAGGACCUUCUUCCAAACCUGUUAAAUCCAAGAAGCGAAAAGCUGAAAAAGCUGCUUCAUCGGCUCCUAAGAAAGUUAAGAAGAUGGCUCGGAAACCGAAGACUCAUUCACCUUCCAGCUCUGGUAAUGAUGAGGAGCAGUAUGCUGAUGAGGAAGAGAAAGAUCAACGUGAAGGCACUCAUAAUGAUUUUGUUCCCACUCCUCCUCCAUCACCAUCGAAGACUACUGUUCAAGUUUCGGUUGCCCCAAUUCCUCCAUCUCCUACAACUCAAAAUACUACCACUGUUCCACCACCACCACCUGUCAACUCAAUAUCCUUAUCCACAACCCCAUUACCACCUCCAAUUAUUUCCCAAGCAACUAUCACCACUACACCGAUCAUCACAACCACAACCGAAUCUCCAGUACAAGUCAACACAUCUGAUGUGGGAGAAAAGACUGAAGAUAAUCCUAAAGUUACAUCCGAUUCUUACUCUUACCGUCAGGAAUCACCUUUCCUCCAAGCUCCUUCCAGCGAUUGA